GUGAUGAAAAUGCACGAGACGUAGACGAGACAACGACGACAGCGCGACGACGUUCAAAUCAAUCGAAAGAGAAAAUUAUUAUUUGACUAACGCUUAUGAUAAAGUGGUUAAAAAUCGGAAAAAACGUGAGUGCAGAAAUUUCGAAAACAAACAUAUUGGAAAGUGCAAAAAAUUCGUUUCGGUUUUUGUAGACGUGUAAAAUUUCAUUGCCGUCUUAUUGCGGCAGGUGCGCUGAAAGUCGCGAGUUGCGCCGUCGUCGAAAUCGAAACCAAAAACGUCGAUACAAAGCAUCGAAUUAUUUCGUGUGGAAAAUAACCAAAUAACCCCACAGAAAUAUAAAUUAAAUCAAUUUUUGGUUUACGUGCUUAGUGUGUGAAAGAGAAUAUAAAGAUAAAAAGAAUUGUAUAAGUAGAAAAGAAUGAUUAUAUAUUAAAGUCAGAUGAGUGAUUGCUAAGUUUAGCAUUCGAGUAAAAGUGAAGGGUGUGAAAUGGUGAAAAAUACGAGCCAAGUUCCUUAGAAAAUUAACACGCUACUAAUUACUUGGUAGUUAAAUAAGCUGAAAUAAAAUUAUCAAAUUAUAAAAUAUAAUGUGUGCUAGGUGUAGUGCAUAUUGCUCCUUAUUGAGAAUGUAGUGGUGCUGGGCGCCUCUCCGCCUGGAAGUGCAAUUAACAUUUGAAUUUUCAAUUUAAGUGUAAAUAAUAUAUUUUUUAUACGUGUGCGUGUGUGUGCAAUUCCAUAUUGCACCGAAAAGCAAAAAAAUUCCGAAGUCAUCGGGUACCACAACGUUACAACGUCUCAAGGCCAAGGCUGCAGGUGGUAGCGUAAAACGCAGUCGAACAAGCAACGCAGCGGCUGGGACAACAGUAACAUCUAGUAAUAGGGGAAGUAGUGGGAUUGGAGGAAGUGCCCGUGCAGCGGGUGGUCGUAAAUUUACUGCAAACAGUAUAACACAAUUGCAACGAAGUGGCGGCGGUGCUGGUCAGUGGUCAGCAGGGACGGCGGCGACGACGGCUGGAGCGGGUGCUAGCACCGGAGUCAGUUCCUUUACAACGGCAUCCGAUUCAUCUUUGCUGGCUGAAAGAGAAUCGGCAUAUUUGCAAGGUUUUCAAUCACCAAGCUAUAACACCACAAAAUCAUAUCAGCAACAACAAAACCAGUCCACUUACAACAAUUCCCUCUAUAACACCAAUAAUAACGCCAGUGCCAAUUAUUCAAAUCACUCAAAUUACGCAAAUACAUCAUCGUCAUCUCCACACACAACGACAACGCCUCAUAACAAGCUUCCAACCGCAGGUGUUGGUUCAACGGCGAUGAUGAUGACCAAACAUAAAAGCUCGCUCGCAGAGCGCCUUAACAUUGGAGACGAGGUGCGCGAUUUAAAGCUUGGCUGCACAUACAAUCCAAAAAAUACAACGACGGCCUUUCACACUAUCAAAUAUGACUUCAAGCCAGCAAGUGUGGACAAAAGUAAAGUAGCUUUAGUGGACGUCGGCUCCAAUAAUCAAGUUACCGUUACCGUGCCAAAUUUAGUAAGCUCCGGUGUGCCUCAUACAGUUUAUAAGGGAAACCAUAGAAAAUACACAAAAGAAUGUUUGUUGAUUUACGAUCGAAAAACCGGUGGUAUUACGUUCGAGAAGUUAAAUCAUAAUAUUCAAGUAAAAAAGACGAGGAGUGAGAUGACAAACAAACCAAGUGCGAUAGCUGCUAGCGCGAAUGUAGCACCGCAGCAAAAACUAGAGAAUAGUACGAUGCGCAUCACAUCGAAGACGAAAGUGUCGACAGGGAGUCGUCGUAAUAAUAUAAUUGAUUUUAAGCCAAGAAACUCGCCAUCCGCAUCAGCGUCCCCGUCUGCACCGCCAUCCAUACACAAAAGUCCACAAUCAGCGCCGGCCUGGAACGCGAAUAAUACGCAAGCCACGCUGCCCAGCAUUCCAAUGAUCUUCGAUGACGACGAUGAUGGCAUGUUUGGACUGACCGCCGCCGCCGCCGGCAAUAGUCAAACGCAUGGUGGCAGUGGCAGUGAUGCGGCAAAUAUGUCUUCAUCGUCCUCCGCGUCGAGUCAUAAUAAUUCAGCGCACGAUUAUCACAUGCAAAUGCAGCAGCAUCAGCAGCAACAGCAACCGGCGCCGAACAAACAGUCUAAGCAAUCGCAUCGCAACAAUCAGAAACGGCAAAACAAUUUGAACGCAGCGACGGCGACGUCGGCCACGAAUGCGACGGCAAUAGCACAGAGUCAUGGCAAACAGACGAAGCACAACCGCAUGGAGCAACGAACUUCCUCGCCACAAACUUUUGCACAGCAGCAGCAGCAGCAGCAGCAGCAAAGGCAGCAACAGCACAAUCUCUACCAACAGCCACAACAGCAAUCCAACAACAAUCGCAUGUACCCGACAAACUCAUCGUCCUCAAUGCAAAUGUCUAACGGUGUCACUGGUGGCUAUCACAAUAGCAACAAUAUGUCCAUGGGCAAUCAAAUGUUGCAACAUCAUCAGACACAACAACAACACCACAAUAUGCCAGGCAUGUCAUCGCCGCAUGACAGCGACGCAGCCAUGGCUAGUGCGGCGGCGCAGCUCGAACAGCAAAUACGCGGUCUUAGCUCAUCCAGUUCGAGUUCCAGCUCGGAUUCGAGCGGCAGUGAUUGUGCCAGCGACUCCGACGACAGCAGUGAUGAAGAGGAUCAACAACAACAACAACAGACGCAACAUCAAAUGCAUCAAUUGCCCAAUUUGAUGUCAGCGCUGCCACCAAUGUCUACAGCUGCGCCACAAUACAAUCGCAAUACGCCUUCGUCUGGCUAUGCGUCUAAUAAUAGCCACACCAACAAUAAUGGUGCAUUUACAAGUGAUUUGCUGCAAAACGAUCUGCAAUUAUCAUCGAACUCUUCCGAUGAAGAUGAUUAGUAGAAUAUAUUUAUAUAGAAUUACACACGCGCUACAUUAAAAAAAGUAUAUGAAAGAAUAUAGGAACAACUAAAACAUACGAUUACAUGCACAUAGGAAUAUUUGUUUGCUAUAUAUACAAUUUUUUUUUAAUUCUUGAAUAUAAUGUGCGUAUGUAUUUUAAGCGUAUUGCUUUAGCUAUGGAUUAUACUUUAGGCAACUAAUUUUGUUUAGGAGUUUCUUUUUUAAAUUAAUAAGAAAAUUAUAUAUAUUUAUAAAUUGAAUUUCAAGUUUGCAUAACGCUUGCAAAACUGAGCAUACAUACUCUUUUUUUUAAUGUAUAUGAAAUUAAAAUGCUGAAUUUAUUUGCAAUUGUAAUAUAAAUAACAACAAAACGCAGUGCGAACGAAGCUAGGGUGGAAGGGAGUGCGGAAGUUAAUUUAAUACUAGUAAAAUUUAAAAGCAAACCUUAGCAAGGCAACACUGCACACUAAAUGCAUGUAUGUAAUAGGUCUAGAAAUCUAUAAAGCGCAAAUAAGUUCCAAGUGAGGCAUAACAAGUUGAAGACGAACUUUUAUAGAAAGCAGUGCUUUAAGUGGAAAUCAUUAAAAAUUGCAAAUAAAAUAGUGUAGUUGCAAAUAACAACAACAGCAUAGUAGAAUAACGUAAAAAUGCCAAUUUGUACAUAAAACUGAAUAAUAUUUUCGGUCACUUAAUUUUAUACAAAAUAAGUUCAGUUCCACAAAUGAUGAUGUUGUGUGUGCCACGUGAAUCAUUCAAAUAGUGAAGUUUAUGCGUAUAAGUCCAAAAUAGAAAAAGUAGCAGAAAACUUACAGCAAAUAUGCAAUCAGCAACGGUGCAGGAUUAAGAGAUUUAUAAAAACAAAAACAAAACGAAAACUAAUUUGCCUAUUUUAGUAACAUAUAAGCAAACAUACAUACAUAAAAAACAUUUACAAUGAAAUGCUAUACAUACAUAAAUCAUAAAUCAAAUGAAAUAUGAAGAAAAACGAAUGAGAGAGAGGGAUUUUGCAAAAUUACGCAAUUUAUUUAUUUAUUAGUGUUUUUGCUUAUUGGCGCUCUUAAUUGUUGUUGCAACAUUAUUUUCAUAUGGCAGUUGUGUAUCAGCUGCUGAGCACGAUUGUUUGCUAUACAAAUGUGGCAGAAUGUUAAAAGGGAUCAAAGUUGACUUAGGUGCGGUUAGGUAUUUUGCUUUUUACCGGAAAUCUGCGCAUAGUUGUUUUAACUAUAUUUGAUAGUAAAUUGAAACUACGGAUAAAUUAAGCUGGAAGCUAAAACUCAAAGGAUAAUUGAAAUUUCCCUUACUAAACUAAGCCGCCUUAAACCAGUUUGACAUAUUGCAACAGUUACGCAUAUUAUAAAGUAUUUUCGAAUUUUAAAUAACAAAGAAAAUUUAGUUUUUUACAAUUUUUUAAUUUUUAGCAUAAAGCAAUAGUUUACUAAGUGCUGUGUGUUGCUUACAUUUAUAUAAUUUUCAGACUUAUUUCUCUAACUAGACAAUUUCUGCAAGUUUUCUUAAAUGAAAUAUUGAAUUUUCAAAAUUUAAUUAUAGUAUAAAUCUACAAGUUGUACAAAAACUUGUUUGUAUAUAUUAUUUUUUUGUAGUUAUUUGCGAAAUUGACGUUUGUUUUAUUUAUUUAUUCAAUUAAAUUAUGUUUUAUAAAUAUACUCACUAGAAUAAAUUUGAAAAUUUAUUAAUUAAAAAUAUUUUUCGAGAAAAUAUUGUAAGAGUGAGAGGCAUUAUGGCCACGCCACAGCGGAUUUAUUAAUAAAUUUCUGUUAAAAUUGCAAAAACUAAUUUUGAAUAUUGUGGGCUUUAUAUAUAUAAUUUUUAAUUCAAACUAAAUUCGAGAAUUUAAAAAAACAUAUGUAAAUAAAACUCCAUUUUUUCUUUUGUAAUUAGCAAAAAACUAAAUAGCGAAGCAAUAGUCUUUCUUAAUAUACUCUUAACGCGGGCUAUUCUAAAUACAUAUAUACACUUUUUAAUUUGCAAUUAUCGCCUUGUUAUGCUUUGCUCACUCAGCUGCCCCAGCAAAUAGCGAUCCACAGCAAAAUACAUGCAUUAACACACACAUUCAUAUAUAUGUAUAUAAAUAAAUGUCUAAAAAAGUUGCCAUUUCAACUGAAGAGAGGUUGUAAAAUUAAAAACAAAAUAUAAAUUAAAGAACAGCGCUGUUACAUUUAAACACAACAAAAACGCUACAAAAAAUGAAUUGUAAUAAUAUUUAUAUAAUUUGAUGCUGCUUAAUGCAAUCAUGUGGAAGAAACUUGCAAAAAAAAAAACAAA